CCCAACCGUUGAAAGAGACGGUGCCAUACGUCAGCCCGUGCCCAUCGUUCCAGCCUCUGAGGGGCAGCGCUGCGCAGCUGGGACCUGGCUGAGGAGCCCGCCCGGGUACGCCCGACAUUGCCCAGCGCUACUGCUCCCGCCCCCCAGUCACCGCCCAGCAUAGCCCCGACACGGCCCCACACAGCCCGGGCUCUGCAGCCCCCGACGAGCCGCGGCCACCCUGUCAAGCCCACAGCGGCGUCAGUCCACGAGGGCGGAGUGAUGGGGCCGUAAACGAGGUUCCGGUGUAACGUGGGGCACGGUAGGGCUGCCCCCGCAGGGGUGCAGGAUUGGAGCCCCAGCUUGCAAACUUGCAAUCUGGUUCACUGUCUAAGACUCAGCCAUCACUUGAGAGUUCUGAAUUAUGUGAUUGGUACUUUUGACAAGCUAGAGCCCCCGUCCUCAGAACACAUUAUGAUAACGGAUGCCCUUUUCGAUGGAGUGGAAGUCAGAGUGUUUGAACCUUCUCCAAAGGAAGACAGAACAUUAAAGCGCAGUGUCGUUUAUAUCCACGGAGGAGGAUGGGCUUUGGCAAGUGCAAGAACAAGCUUCUAUAAUAAUCUCUGCAGGAUCAUGGCAGAAUCUCUCAAUGCUGUAAUUGUCUCAAUUGAGUACAGGCUGGUACCAGAGGUUCAUUUUCCUGAACAAUUCUAUGAUACUUUCCGUGCAACAAAGUAUUUUCUGCAGUCUGACAUCCUAGCUAAAUACUCAGUUGAUCCAGGUCGCAUUGCAAUUUCUGGUGAUAGUGCAGGAGGAAAUUUGGCUGCUGCCGUGUGCCAACAGCUUAGUCUUGAUGAGACGGUGACCAACAAACUGAAGCUGCAGGCUUUAAUCUAUCCAGUCCUUCAGGCACUGGAUUUUAACACCCCUUCAUACCAGCAGAACACUGACAUGCCUGUUCUUCCUCGCUUUGUCAUGGUGAAAUUUUGGAUAGACUAUUUCAAUGGAAACUACGACUUUGCGUCCUCAAUGCUGAUCAACAACCACACUUCUCUCGACGUAAGCCAAGCCAUUUCUUUCAGGGGACGUCUGAAUUGGACUUCUCUCCUGCCCUCAACAUUCAAAAAGAAUUAUAAGCCUGUGAUACAAUCCACAGGGAAGGCCGAAAUCAUCCAGGAAAUACCUGCCUUACUUGAUGUACGCGCAGCACCAUUGCUAGCAGAAAAAGAAAUUUUCCAGCUUCAACCAAAGACCUACGUCCUGACUUGCGAGAAUGAUGUCCUGAGAGAUGAUGGAAUAAUGUAUGCCAAACGGUUAGAGAGCGCAGGGGUGGAGGUCACGCUUGAUCACUUUGAUGACUGCUUUCAUGGCUGCAUGAUCUUUACUAUUUGGCCUACCAAUUUUUCUUCAGGACAUCGGACCAGGGACAGCUACAUAAAGUGGCUUUCUGAAAACCUGUGAAGAGCGCAAGUCCUCUUUAGGAGGCACAGAGUGUUCAAUCUAAAGCUCACAGCUUCAAAAACAACAAAAAUGUGCACUUUUAUGCUCUGUAAAAUUUGUUCAAGAUUAUGUCAUAGAGCUUCUGUUGCAAGAAGUAGCGUGGCGCUACUUGGUUAGUUGACUAGCCUUGUCCAGCAUAGUAGUUUUCUAAAUACAUAUUAAACACUACUGUAGACAGUGUUGCUGUAGCCAUGUCAGUCCGAGGAUAGUAGAGACACAAAGUGGGUGAGGUAAUGUCUUUCAUUGGGGCAGCCUUUGUUGGCAAGGGAGACAAGCUAUUGACACAUAGAGCUCUUCAGGUCUGGGAAAGGUACUCCCAGCAUCACAGCUAAAUGCAAAAAGUGGAACAGAUUGCUAAGUAUGUAUGAAAAACACAUAUGCUAAAGGAUCAGUCAAGGUAGAAUGGUUCAUUAACACCUAUGCAGCCAUAAGACAGAAAAAGAGAGGGGUAGUGGGUUGCAGAUUCUUGUAAUGUACCAUAAAUGCAGUGUCUCUUUUCAAUCCAUGAUUUGUAACAUCUAGCUGAACAAUCAAUUUACAGUUUUGUGAUGUUUUGAGUACCUUUCCCAGACAUGAAGAGCUGCACUGUGUGACUCAAAAACUUGUCUCACCAACAGAAGUUGCUCCACUAAAAGACAUUCUCUCUCCUUGUUGUUGCUCCAUUAAAAAACAAAUCAGUUUUAGAUUCCACAACCAUGGUGAAUGAAUGAAGUUCUAAUCAUAAAAAUAAUUAUUCCUCAAAAUUAUUCUUAUUGGUCAACAUUUUCAAGUUUCAGUGCAUAAUAUUAGGUACCAAGACUACAAUGUUCAGUUUAACAGUUUUCUAUUUUUAGGCACUUAAAUAAGGGUAGCCUGAUUUUUAGAGGCACUGAGCAUUUACAAAUGCCACUUAAGUCAAGGGAAGCUGUGGUGAUCAUUAAGUAUGAAAACCAGGCCACUUAAAAAGGUGCUUAAACAUGGAUUUAGAUGCUGGUCUUUAGGCACACAGAAUCAUAGGUUUUUUAAAUAUUUUCAAUGUCGAGGCAUUUUACAGAAUGCCUGGCAAGUCAUUUAUUCCAAAAAUGUAACAACUUUGAAAUCUGGUCCUUUUUUGAAAACAAGCACAGUACUAAAAUAUUGUUAAAAAGAACAAAGCAUUCUUAAGUGAGAUACUUUCUUUUGACUUUAACAGACUUUGAUCCUACACACAGGCAAAGCAACCUGAAAGCUUAUAUUUAGGACCAAGGGAAGCUCCACCACACACACAGUAAAUUCCAUGUGUGAAUUUACAGCUUUAAAGUUGAUUACAUUUUUGACAAAAGGAUGUGACUGCCUGCCUUUGACAUUUCAGCUUUAUGAUCACAUUGGAGAAGAUAUGAAAAGACUGAAAAAUAAAAAUCCCUCUGUGUGGUUUGCACUGAUGUUUGUAUUUAACAUUAACAGUUUUUUCUGCACUGAGUCUUUUUUGUUCUUGUAGUUUCCAGUUCAUAGUCUUCCAUAUUUUAUGGAGGAAGCUUCCCCUAUGUAGCAAGCAAAAUCACUAGACAUGAGCUUGAAUCUGAAGUCCAGAUUCAAAUGGAACUAUGCAGCUGGAUCAUCCCUCACUCAUGGAUGGAGCCAAAAUACCUAAGCUACUAGAGAAUAAGGCUUUGCAACUUGAGCGCCUCCCUAAAGUAGGCAGACCACAACUGAAGUUUUAAGACAAGGACACGGAAACUGCUUACAAAAGUGUGUAUUCGGCAUAAUGUUUGUGUUGUUGAACGUAAGCUGUGAAAGUGACAAAAGCCAGGAACUUCUAAGCUAAGACAGAAAGAACCUUGGGUUCCAAGCCUAGUGCUUUAACUUGAGAUAGCAGAGUUCAGUUUUGAGCUCUCGGAUGCUGUGUGUGACUUUGGGCAAAUGGCUUCAUCUUUGUGCCUCAGUUCAUUCUUCAGUAAGAGAGGGAGGAAUAUUUCUGUACUUCACAAGGGUAUUGAAAAUUAACAUUUAUGAAUUUUGAGGCACCGUGAUACUAAAAGGGUCUCUGUUAAACUUUCACCUCCUUCAGAUUCUGUAUUGUAUGCUGUACUAUGCUAGCUUGGUUUACUGGAAUCAUGCCCUAGUAUAAAGGCACCUUACUUUUUUGGCUGUUUCCCAGCUUACAGCUUAUCUUCCUGACUUUUGACAAUUUAUUAUGGAACAUUUUAAAAUAGA